GAUCAUUUUCAUUUUAAAGCAAGAUCAUCAAACAGACUUCAAUUCAGUGUAUGCAUGUUAUUAAAACCAGCUAUUCAUUGACUGAAUACAUGUGUUUUAUGCAAUAAAACGUGACACCACCACCAUUACAUGUGUGAGCUUGGAGGCGUACAGAUUUUGCAAUUAUCACUCUGAACUAUGGCGUCGACCCGGCAAGUCAAGAAGCUUCUACUCUUUGUUUUUAUGUGCCUAGUAACAUUCAUUUUGGUGUUUUUCAUUAUCUUCGAGAUGAACCAUGCCGGUAUCUACCGGUAUUCUCUCUCAAAAGAGCAACCUGCAACAUUCAUUUCAAACCACAUUCUACCCUCCGUGGAAUCUGAUAUGAUGUCACAUAUUGCCUUGAGAAUGCCGAAUAUUCCCUUGCAAUUCCUCAGCGAUCACCAACUACUUGAAUCUUCGUCCAAAGGAAAGGAGACAUGCCCUAGAAUCCCGUAUAUUUACGAUCUCAAGGUCCAAAACGAACAAUGGCAAGAAUUUCCUACUCAAGAGGGAACACUACACCUGUUUCGAGCUUAUUACGACGACAGAGAACCAGAACCCACUGGAUCUGUCAUUCGAAUACUCGCCAUGAUGGAUCGGAUCAAUCCCAAAGUUCCUUUGGUGUGUCAACUUUGGUUUCAAUCCAAGCAAAUCGAACCGAGAUUGUCGAACGUGACAAAUGUGGAUUUGAUCUGGGUUCGAGCUUGGGGAAACAAUAGGGAUGGAAUUCUUCAGCCUUAUCUGAUCACCUGUCCCUUACCCAAAGACUCCGGACACGAAGUUCCAGUCAUGGUGUCUCUUGUCGAAAAACAGUGUGACAAAGCAGAGAACGCUUUGUUUGUGUUCAAUUCUGACCUUUCUCGUCACCCUGACCACCAGGAGGCAUUGGCUGUUUGUGUGAAAGGCUUUGAUAUCCCUACCGACGAUUUGUCGGUCAGGAUCGUGGAAUGGGUCGAGAUGCUAAAAGUCAUGGGCGUUAAUCGGUUAUUUCUCUAUAAUAUGGCCGUUCAUCCCAACGUCCAGCGAGUUCUAGACUAUUAUGUUCGAGAUGGUUUCGUGGACUUGACCAAUUUGAGCUUGCCUGGUAACCAACCUAAUCUGGAUCUGCUCCGCCAUCUGUAUCUGAAGCAUAAGAUCAUUCAUAAAAGACAGAACGAAGUGAUUCCCUACAACGAUUGUCUGUACAGAAGUUUGUUCCACUAUGAACGAGUGGCUUUGCUUGAUUUCGAUGAGAUGAUUGUGCCCCUAAUGGACUACAACUGGCUUGACUUGACGAAGAGGCUCUUAUCUCCAAGGCCUGUUGCAAACCUGUCAUCUCCAUCACAAACCGACUAUUCGGACCUGUCUUCCAUAUGCUUUCGAAAUGUAUAUUUCAUGGACAAUAUGAUCAGUCCUGAUGGUGUGACAGAGGAUCAAUUGAUACAAGGCAUUCCAAGUCAUUUCCACAUGCUCAGACAUGUUUUCCGAGCCAGGCAGUAUUCCAAGCUGGGGCACUACUCCAAAUGUUUUCAUACCGUGCAAGUGAUCAAGGCUCUGCAUAACCAUUUCCCUCUGAGGUGUUUAUCUUCCAAGAAGAUGAGACGCAGAUCCUCAGCGUGUUCCUCGAGGCACGUGGACCUGUCCAUGGCUCAUCUACAACACUAUCGAAGCGAAUGUGUGGCUGAACUGAGCUCAGUGUGUGAGAUGAAAUAUAAGAAAAACGCAACUCUCUCUCCCAGGAUCCUGGUCUGGAAAGAUGAGAUCAUCCAACGCUCCACCCGUGUCCUAAGCCAAUUGAAUUUAUACUGAUUGCUGGCGUAUUUAUUAGCCUGGCUUGCUUCUCAGGCCUAAACUUGGCCUUUGUAGCUUCCCUGGGCAGAAGAAAACAAUCUGAACAUCCUAAAGAAUUCCCAUUAGUCCCAUCCCAUCCACCCACGAAUGGAGACGAAGAAAGUUUGCUGGAAACCACCACUCCUUUUGACCUUCUCAACCAUUAGUGGAUGGAACGAACGGUGUUCUAUUCUUUGGGUUCACGGCCACUUGUAUCGGAAAUAGAUUUUGUUUAGGACCACUUUGUCAAAAACACGGCUAUCCUCGAAAUGUGCGACUACUUUGGUCUCAUUAUCGGGUUACAGUACGUUCAAAAUUCUAGAUCGGUUAUUCUGUUGUGAUUCAAAAAGGGACCCAACCAAAUCUCGCGGAUCGUCAGAAAUGUGCUCCCUUUUACUUCUAUUAGAACCCAUUCAUUGUCUUGCCCUCAAUAUCGGUUGAUGCUAUGAAUGUCAGAAUUGAUAUAAAAUCUUGGAUGGCUCACUCAGAUAUUGAUCCUUUUCCUGUUUAUUGUUUUCUUUUCCUUACGAUGUCUUGAUGUAACAUGUAUUCAUUCGAAAUGUUGGCCUAUUACAGCUACUAGUUUUUGCUCACAAUAAAAUGGAGGAAAAUG